CAUUUCUGCUUGCUUCUCGAAGACUCGAGAUUUCUCGGAGGUCUAGAAAUCAACGUGCUUCAGGUAAUUAGAAUACAAAACCAUGGCCGGUGGUGGAGGUUUCGCUCACAGAGUCAUGUCGUACCUCGUCAAUGAGCUUCUGGUUGAUAGCCUCGCCAACAGUAAAUCAUUCCAGAGGUUUGCUGUGAGGACAUCAAAGCAGGUGGAGGAGCUAUCUAAUAUAGCUGCCAAGAAGAAGGAACAAUUUGCUGAGCAGAUGAAGGAUAUCUCUGAAACUUUCAAAGACCGGUAAGACAUUACUAAGGAUUCCUGCUGUCCUCCCGCCAUCUGUGUACAUCCUUCUUGAUAUAUGGGAGCAAAUAAUGUUUCUUAGAUGUUCGUUUGAUCACUAUCUUUGUUUCCAACCAAGAAACUCAGAUGUGCUUCUGAAGGCACAGUAUUGUGUUACCUAAGAUACUUUGAAACUAGAAUAGUCUAUGGAAUUUUAUCUCCUGUUAAAGCUACAUCUGUUUAUCACGAUUUAACUGAAUACUCGUGUAUUUAUUUGUUUUAUUCAAGUCUUGCAACUUUGCAUCUUUGGGAUGAA